GAACUUGCUCAUGAUGAGUGGAAGAUUUCAGAACUCUGGACAUGGUUCCAAUGGAAGAAAUGCUGGACAAAACAGAUCGCAGCAAGGCAAGGCAUUGAUGAAGCCAUCGACUUCCUUGAUGGCUUUGGGUCCGACCCACUUGAUGUCGCCGAAGCUAAGUUGGAAUUCGAUAUGGAAAUGGCAGAUGCAAAAGAUAUCGAUGAUGGAGCUACAGUAGCAGGCGCCAUGGACGAGUUACUUGAGAAGGAUAGCCAAUUGGAAGCGGCAAUCACUGAAAUUGAGUUUAAGGAGAAUCUUUUGGUUGAGAAGAGUAGCGCUUUGGAAGCUGAACGACUUUGGUCUGAAUCCCUGGCCAACGAACUUGCGGCUCUGUGCCUCCUGCAACAGACUAUUUCGAGCCAAGAGGCGCAGCCGGCUUUGCCUCCCCAACCUACAGCCACGGUUUCCUUUCCCCAGGACAGGUCAGAGUCAGCAGCGGCCGAUUCUGCCGCGAAGGAGCCAACUUUGCCGGCUACUCCAGCGCGAGCAGCCAAGUCAAGUCCGCUCACGGCAUCCCUGCCGAGUUCGCCACCUAGGGCUACUACGGCCAUCGCCAACCAACUCCGCCUCGAGACACCACCACUGCUGCUUCUCGGAGGGAACUUGUGA